AUGAGCCAGUUUGCCGCAAACCGCAGGACGAACAACGUUUCCUAUGGCCAUCUGUCACUUGGAGUGAAAAGCUUCAUAGACGGCUGUAAGCCCCAAAGUAUAGAGAACUCCGAGCGGGUACAGCUGUCGGGAACCUACAAUGUUCGGAAAGGGAAGCUCCAGCUGCCGGUCAACCGCUGGACGAGGCGGCAGGUCAUUCUGUGUGGAACCUGCCUCAUCGUCUCUUCUGUCAAGGAAAGCCAGACAGGGAAGAUGCACAUCCUACCCCUCAUUGGAGGAAAAGUGGAGGAGGUGAAGAAGCACAAUCAUUGUUUGGCCUUCAGCUCAGCAGGGCCUCAGAAUCAAAUCUACUACGUCAGCUUUGACAGCUUCACGGAGCACCUGAGGUGGCACAGACAUGCUGCCAAGAUGGUGUCCCAGAGAAUCAACUCAGUCGAUCUGUCCUGCUGCAGUCUGGAGAAUCUUCCACCCAACCUCUUCUACAGCCAUGACCUCACCCACCUCAACCUGAAACACAACUUUCUGCCCGCAGACCAGCGCCUUCAGCAGCUACGGAGGUUUUCUCGUCUGCGGAGUCUCAACCUGUCCAACAACCAUCUCGGUCAGUUCCCUCUGGCCAUCUGUGACAUCCCCACCCUGACAGAGGUCAACCUCAGCUGCAACUACCUGGCCUCUGUCCCCAGCUCUGUGGGCGCAAUGGCCAACUUGCAGACGUUCCUGUUAGAUGGAAACAGUUUAAGUGACCUGCCGCCUGAGCUGGGUUCCCUGCAGAGGCUGACUUACCUCGGUCUUACCUUCAACCAGUUCAACGUCGUGCCCCAGGUUCUGGAGCGGCUGACCUCCAUGGAGAAGCUGUGCAUGGCAGGAAACCAUCUGGAAACACUCACCCUGCAGAAUUUCAGGCUGCUUCAUGUCAAACACAUUGAUCUAAGGUUGAAUAAGAUUUCUGUCAUGGUGCCAGACGAGCCUGACCUGCUGAGGCACGUGACCCAGCUGGAUGUGAGGGAUAACAGGCUGACGGACCUGGAUGCCUCCGUCUUUCCCCGGCUGGAGGUGCUUCACUGUGAAAGGAACCACAUCUCCAGUCUCAAAGUCAAGGGUUGCGCGCUCAAAGGCAUCUACGCCAGCAACAACGAGUUACGACAGCUGGAUGUCAGUCCUGUGCCCUCCAAUCUUAGUUGCAUGGAUAUCUCAAGGAACCAUAUGGAAUCCUUGCCAGACUGGCUGUGUGAGGCAAAGAAACUCGAAGUUCUGGACGUGAGCCACAACCUCAUCACUGAGCUCCCAGCGAGGUUGUUGUGCAGCAACAGUCUGAGGAAGCUCAGUGCUGGACAUAACCAGUUACAGAAGCUACCUGAAAGGGUGGAGCGCACUCUGCUGGAAGUUCUGGACGUUCAGCACAAUCAACUGGUGGAGCUUCCAUGCAACCUGUUCCUCAAAUCUGACAGCUUACGGUGUGUGAAUGCAUCAGCCAAUAAGUUGGAGCAUCUGCCACCAUCCAGUCUCUCUGAGGAAAGCCACAGCAUCCUGCAGGAACUCUACCUGACAAAUAACCGGCUGACAGACAAGUGUGUCCCAAUGCUUACAGGCCACACACAUUUAAGAGUUUUGCACAUGGCCUACAACCACCUCCAGACCUUUCCAGCAAGUAAAAUGGCCAAGUUGGAGGAGCUGGAGGAGGUGGACCUGAGUGGAAACAUGCUGAAGACCAUCCCCACCACCAUAAUGAGCUGCCGUCGAAUGCACACUCUUAUAGCUCAUUCCAACGCCAUCGAGGUCUUUCCUGAAGUCAUGCAGCUGAUGGAGAUGAAAUCUGUGGAUCUGAGCUGCAACGAGCUGAGUGAAAUUACUUUACCAGACAAUCUGCCUCCAAAGCUUCAGGAGCUGGACCUCACUGGAAACCCUCGCCUCAACCUUGAUCACAAGACCCUCGAGCAGCUAAAUAAUAUUCGCUGCUUCCGUAUUGAUCCGCCUCCAACAUUUUCUUCCACUGAGGCAUCUGGUGGGCCUGCUGUGUGGAGUCAUGGUUACACUGAGGCCUCAGGCGUCAAGAACAAACUCUGCGUGGCAGCUCUUUCAGUUAGCAGUUUCUGUGGAAGUCGUGAAGCUCUGUACGGCGUGUUUGAUGGAGACAGGAAUGUGGAAGUGCCCUAUCUUCUGCAGUGCACAAUGAAUGAUGUGCUGGCUGAAGAAUUACACAAGACAAAAAGCGAAGUGGACUACAUGACCAACACUUUCCUCGUCAUGCAAAGGAAACUUGGAACUGCGGGACAGAAACUCGGCGGCUCUGCAGCUCUGUGUCACAUUCGCCAUGACCCCACCGACCCCAGUGGCUGCUUCACCCUGACGGCUGCUAACGUGGGGAAGUGCCAGGCCAUCCUGUGCCGAGACGGGAAGCCGCUGUCCCUGUCACUGCUGCACAACGUGGGGCUUGAGGAGGAAUACCACAGGGUCCGGCAGCACAGGGCUAUCAUCACUGAGGACAACAAAGUGAACGGGGUGACUGAUUCCACCAGAAUAAUGGGCUACUCCUUCCUCUACCCUUCGGUCAUUCCUUGCCCUUACGUGCAGACAGUGACUCUCACCCCUCAGGACGAGUUCUUCAUCCUGGGCAGCCGGGGCCUUUGGGAUGCCGUGUCUCCCGUGGAGGCGGUGGAAGCCGUGCGGAACGUUCCCGAUGGCCUGGCCGCCGCCAAAAAGCUGUGCACGCUGGCGCAGGGCUACGGCUGCACCGACAGCCUCAGCGCCGUCGUGGUCCAGCUCAGCGUGAGCGAGGACUGCUGCUCCUGCUGCUGCUCCGAGCCCGCCCAGCCCCCCCCGAGCCCCGGCCUGGGCCCCUAUCCCCCGUCGUCCUCCGCCAUCAAGGAGCGCCCCUUGGACGGCUCGCUGCCCAUGCCCCCUUCGUCCUGCAGCGAGAUCAGCAGCGAAAUCAGCACCAGCGAGAUGAGCAGCGAGGUGGGCUCCACGGCCUCGUCCGACGAGCCCCCACAGAGCUCCCUGGUGGUGCUGCAGGAGCAGCCCCACUACCACCACCUCCACCUCCACCACCAGGCCCACCUGCUGUCCCUGCAGCACCAGCAGGCCCACUCAGCCGGCCAGCCCUGCCAGUACCUCCUCCCCGGCUCGGAGCUGCCAUCGGCCCGCAGCUGCUGCGCCCUGCAUCCCGCCUGCUUAGCGGGCUCCUUUCAGAGGCAACUGUCCAGUGCCACGUUCUCCAGCGCCCUGUCCGACAACGGGCUGGACAGCGAGGACGAGGAGCCCAUCGCCGGGGUUUUUUCCAACGGGAGCCGCGUGGAGGUGGAGGCAGACAUCCACUGCCUCAAAGCAGAGCUGUCCCUGAACUCAUCGCCACAGACACUGGUGCCCUCAUCUUCCACCCAGGAACGCGCCCUCCUCACUCUCCCUCCUCCACCUCCUCCUCCGUGCACCCCGGAACCUCUAGAAGAAGGAGCUGACAUGAACCUGGGGGAGGCUGAGAACGGGCUGGAAAGGGAUGAGUCGUGGCAAGGCGUCGGAGCAGUAGUGGGGGAAGGAGGAAAGUUGGCAGGGAAGAGGAGGCCCAACGGGUCAGUAGCACGCCAAGAAAAGAGUCACAACCUCAUCGAGGUGGCCGCCGAUGCCCCCUCCAAGAAGUCCGGAGGCUACUUCACAGCUCCAGCCCAACCCGACCCGGACGAUCAGUUCAUCAUCCCCCCAGAGCUCGAGGAGGAGGUGAAGGAAAUCAUGAAGCAGCAUCAACAGAAACAACAGAAGCCACCCGGGACCGAUCAACCCACAGACUACUACGACACACCUCUCUGA